AUGGCGUCCGCAAUGGCCAAACGCCUCGAGGGCAAGACCAUCGUUGUGACAGGUGCCUCAUCAGGAAUUGGGCGCAGUACAGCCAAGGAAUUUGCCCGUUCAUCGCCAAACAACCUGAAGCUUAUCGUCACGGCGCGGCGUGUGGAGGCUCUGGAGGAGCUCGCGGCCGAGAUCAAGGCCGAGGUCGGAGACGGGGUGAAGGUGCUCCCAGUGAAACUGGAUGUGAGCAAACCGGAGGAAAUCAACAACUUUGUCCCCUCUUUGCCCGCCGAGUUCAAGGAAAUUGACGUUCUUGUCAACAAUGCCGGUCUUGUCAAGGGUGUUGCCCAGGCUCCUGAGAUUGCGGCUGAGGACAUGAACAUCAUGUUCAACACCAAUGUUACCGGUCUGAUCAACAUGACCCAGGCGAUCUUGCCCAUCUUCAAGAAGCGGGAUGAGGGCGGUCGUGGUGAUAUCAUCAACAUUGGAAGUAUUGCUGGUCGUGAGCCCUAUGCCGGAGGAAGUAUUUACUGUGCCACCAAGGCUGCCGUUCGCUCUUUCACCGAUGCGUUGCGUAAGGAGUUGAUUGCCACGAGGAUCCGUGUGAUUGAGAUCGAUCCGGGCCAAGUUGAGACUGAGUUCUCUGUCGUCCGAUUCUAUGGUGACAAGUCUAAGGCCGAUGCUGUCUACAAGGGAGUUGAACCUCUGACAGGAGACGAUAUCGCCGAGGUUGUCGUUUUCGCCGCUAGCCGCCGGGAAAAUGUGGUUAUUGCUGACACAUUGGUCUUCCCCAGCCACCAGGCUGCUGCAGGUGUGAUGCACCGCAAGUCCUGA